GGCCCUAGCCCGCCAACUUUUCUCAGAACGUUUGUGACUCGACGGAAAACAAGUUGCUCUAACAGACUAGAGCUCUCCAACCUCUUUCAAUACCUACACAAGAGUCCUACCGGGCCUAGGCAUGGCGGACAGGAACACGAAUAACCUAUGUGUCCAAAUAGUUCACGCACACUUUGGACCUCUCACCGCGAAAGUUGCAUCCGCACUCCUCACGCGUGGUCGCCUCACGCUACCCCAGAUCGUUCGUUUUACUGCCUUAAGACCGCGUACAGCACGAGCGGCCGUGCUUAUCCUCGUGCAGCAUAAUUUGGCAUGGCAUUCCCAGUCAGAAGAGGACGGGGAGAUGAUUGAAUUCAAUACGGAGGAAUGCUUGUUACGACUACGAUUCGGGACGUUUGUCUGGCAGGCCGACCAGUUGUUUGGAUCUGCGGCUGCAGAAAUAGUCUCUCUGGUACUUGACCAUGGCAAACUACGCCCUCCAGACAUUAGAUCGCACUUUUCUUCACCAAAAUCGAAAGGGAAAGAUGCAUCUAUAUACUACCAGGCUCUUUAUCAACUAGUAUCCUCGUCAUAUCUGGUCCCUUCGACUGUUCUCUUCCACGUUUCUCCCCGCGAUAAAUUUCUGCAGUACGAGAAAGAGGAAAAGAACCAAAUAAAAAGUUUUCCUACUGCGAAAGAACUUAAAGAGGCAAAGGAGAGGGCAGCGGCGCGGCUUAAGCGAGAGCAGGAAGAUGCAAUGAAGAUAGGAUUAACAAAACGGGGCUCCGCGAAAAUUAAUGGCACUAAGCUGGGGAAGAGAAAGGCUAUGGAUGAUGAGGUUGUUGAUGACGACGUUUACUUCCGGGUCAAUGCGACUAAAUUCAACAUACAUAUUCGUAGCAAGCUGAUCCAAACCGCUGUCCGAGAACGUUACAACGAAUCGACUACCACGGUAAUGAGAGCGAUUUUAAAAUCUGCAGAAGCGAAGGCUACGAUGUCCGAUGUACGUUCAGAUAGUGUUUCAAUCGCUACCAUUGCCAGCCAUAUCCCUGAUGAGCAGGACAUUACUGCCGGAUUAGCCUAUUCUUCGACCAAAAAGCCUUCAAUGAUGUCUGCACUCAAGGAAUAUCUGGGGAUACUCGCCUCAGCAGAUAAUCCCACCCCAGCAGGUCGAGCGGCAUCAUUUAUCUCGUUUGCUGGAGUCUCCUCUGGAAAAGUCUAUGUUGAAUAUGAAAUCAUUUGUCGAAGAUUACGAAGACGCGUUCUAGAGGCUGUUGCUCGCGAACGUUAUGGUGACGAGGCAGUUCGGGUCGUCCGACUUCUCCUCGAAAAUGGCAAGAUGAGUGGUGAUCAGAUCGCGAAAGCCGCCAUGAUGGCGGUGACUGCUAUUCGCCCAUUACUAUCAUUACUCUCUGCGGAGUCGCUCAUCAGUAUCCAAGAAGUACCGAAGGGCGCAGACCGCAACCCUCAACGUACUAUUUAUCUAUGGUACGUUGAUCUACCAAAAGCAUAUUCUGUUUUACUCGGCAAAUUCUACAAGACACUGUACAAUAUUGGAAUGAGGAAGCGAGCGGAAUCCGAGGAUGCUACUGUACGGGCUGUGCUCGAGAAGAGCGAACGUUCCGACGUUCGUGCCGACCCUAGCCUGCUGACUCGUAUGGAGCGUGAAGUGUUACAAUCAUGGGAGGAGCGUCGUGAUAAGUUGACUGUUCUGGAGAUGCGCGUAGAAGAAGCUGUGUUCAUCCUUAGAGACCUUUCUUUGCAUGGAGUAGAAGACGAAUAA